AUGCUUGCCGCGAGUCGCCUUGUCCGCGGCGUUGCGGAGACAGUCACGCGCGAGAACUUCACCAUAUCCCGUCUUACGAACGGCCUGCGCGUCAUCACAUGCGAAGACGGCAACGGCAUCACUGGCAUGGGGCUCUUCUCCUUGAACGGGCCCAAGUUUGAGGAGGAGGGAAGCUUUGGCGCUGCGGCGGUGAUGGAGUCGCUCCCGCUGCGCAGCAACACACGCAUGACGACCGAGACGAUUAGCCAGUCACUCGGUGUCUUUGGCAACGCAUACAAGGUGACUAACAACCGCGAGGCCAUGUCCGUCAUGCUCAUGAUGCCGCGCUACCACCAGAAGGAAGGGCUUGAGGUACUGAACGGAAUGUGGCUGCACCCAACCGAGAACGAGGAGGAGUUCGCCGUGGCGAAGGCACAGACCCUGCAUCGCAGUUCUCUCAUGAGCCGAGACGCGACAAGCAUGCUGUUCGAGCUUGUCCACAAGGCCGGCUGGAGCGGUCGUGGGCUCGGCAACCCGCUCUCCCCGACGGAGCAGCAGCUGGAGCAGCUGACACUGGAGAGGUUCCACGCCUUCCACCGCCGCUACACCACGCCGGAGCGGACGGUGCUGGCGGCGACGGGUGUGACAGAUCACCAGGCGUUUGUGCAGGAAGCGGAGGUGCGGCUGCAGUUCCCUCAAGUGACGGCGCCAUCCGUCCUUUCGUCUAGCGCAGAGACGGCGAACAAGGCAGCUGCUGCGACAGCUCAGCUUCACCCGUACACGGGCGGCGUCGAGUACGUGCAGAACACAACGGCGCCGGAGUCCAUGAACAAGUUUCAGGAGAAGAACCUCAGCCACAUGGCGCUCUUCUUCCAAGCUAUCCCAAUGGCCCACCCGGACUACUUCACCUACUCGGUCAUUCAGACGCUCCUGGGGGGUGGCACGUCGUUCAGCUCUGGCGGGCCUGGCAAGGGCAUGCAAACGAAGCUGUUUCGUGAGGUACUGAACCGGGAGCCGAACCUACACGGCAUGGAGUGCAUUACGGCGUGGUACAGCGAUGGUGGUUUGAUCGGCCUCUACGGCUCUGCGCCACACGAGCACGUGAACAACCUUUUGAAGAUCAUGGUUUUCCAGUCGGCGUCGAUUAGCCAGCGCAUCACCCCGAUGCACCUGGAGAUGGCCAAAAACCAGCUAAGCUCGCAGCUCAUCCUGUUGGGCGAGGGGCGUGAGCAGCUGCUGAAUGACAUGGGCUUCAAUCUUCUCGUGCACAACUACACGAUUACGCCGCAGGAGACUAUCCAGGGCAGCGCGCAGGUGACAAUGACACGUCUCCAGGAGGUGUGUGCGCAGCUGAUCAAGCACCCGGUGACGUUUGCCGUCUAUGGGGAGACGAAGGGGAUGCCGGAGUACCAUCAGCUAGGCCAAGCUCUGAAGAAGUCGUAUGCGUCCCUGAACAAGAGCACAGCGGUGUGA